AUGCUGACUUUGUCUCCUUUUCGUAGUGGGCCGAACUGGAUACACGCGCAAACAGAGAAUUCGGAGCCACACGCCAUAUCCCGCCUGGCCGAGGAGACCGGAACGCCUAUGCACAGCUGGAACGACAAGCAGCUCAUAUUCGAUUCCAAUGGCAGUGCAGUACCUGCCGACACGACGGAACGAUUGUCGACCCUAUUGUGGGAGAUAAUCGAAGAGGCUUUCAACUUCAGCGCCGAUGCGCAAAAAAGCACUUCAACCAUUGACAACGACGCUUCUCUCUAUGACUUUAUUCGGGAUCAGGCCAGGGAGAAGCUUUCUGACGAAAAUGAGCGGGCACUUCUGCUCAAGAUGAGCGAGAUGUUUGGAGCUUAUAUCGGCGAGCCGGUGUGGCGUCAGAGUCUCAAAUUUGCUUGGAUGGAGGAGUGCUGCGGAGGAGAGGAGCUGUUUGUCGAGUCCAACUACUCAAAGAUAUUGGCCAAGAUUGCUCAACCCGUCGAGAGCCGUGCCCGUAUACUCUUGAACACCUACGUCAACUCGAUUUCCUCGUCCGAGGCAAGGGAGCCUGACGGCAAAGUCCAUGUCGGUACCAAAAACGGAGACUCUCUGGCUUUUGAUGAGGUUGUCGUCACCACGCCGCUGGGAUGGCUCAAGCGAAACCAAGACGCUUUCACGCCCCGACUGCCGGCCCGCAUCUCAUCCGCCAUUGAGAACAUAUCGCUUUCCCAGCUCGAAAAAGUCUUCAUCACCUUUCCUGCUGUUUUCUGGAAUGUACAGCCCGAGUUGGACGAUUUCCCUUGCUAUACCAACUGGCUGACACCGGAAUACGCCGAAGGCUCGAACCCCCAACGCUGGCCUCAGGAGAUCUGGGACCUUUCCACCUUCAGAUCGCCAAACAACCACCCGACGAUUCUCUUCUACACUUACGGCGACUGUGCCAGACACAUCGUCAACGCCAUAUCUGACAUGUCGCGAGAGGAUGAGCACUCCUUCCUGGAUGACUUUUUCCGUCCAUACUAUUCUCGUCUUCCCAACUACAGCCCCGAUAAUGACAACUGCAGGCCCAAGGCAAUACUCGCCACAAAAUGGCUAAAAGAUGACCUCAACGGCAAUGCGAGCUACUGCAACUUCCAGGUCGGAGUGCACGAAGCUGAUGAGGACGUGUUGACCUUCAGGAGAGGUUGCCCGGAUCGCCGGCUCUGGUUCAGCGGAGAGCACGCCGCGCCCUUUGAUGAGUGUGGCACAGUUGCUGGUGCUUACUUGAGCGGCGAGGCUGCUGGCAAGAGAAUUAUCGCAACAUAUGCCUGA